CUUUUCAUAUGAAUGUUUUUGUUUUCUUCAGAUGUAUAUCCAGCACUGGAAUUGCUGGGUCAUAUGAUAGCUCUGUUUCUAGUUUUCUGAGGAACCUCAAUACUGUUUUCCACAUUGGUUGCAUCAAUUUACAUUCCCACCAACAGUGUACAAAGUUUCCCUUUUAUCCACAUCCUCGCCAACAUUUUUUAUUAUUUUUGAUGAUAGCCAUUCUGACAGGUGUGAUGUGGUAUCUCAUUGUGGUUUUAAUUUGCAUUUUCCUGAGUAUUAGUGAUGUUGAGCACCUUUUCAUGUGCCUGUUGGCCAUCUGUGUAUCUUCUUUGGAAAAAUGUCUAAUUAGGUCUUCUGCCUAUUUCUAAUUGGGUUGUUUGUUUUUUGAUAUUGAGUUAAUGAGCUGUUUAUGUAUUUUGGAUAUUAACCCCUUCUUGGUCACAUCAUUUGCAAAUAUUUCCUCCCAUUCAGUAAGUUGUCUUUUCAUUCUGUGUAUGGUUUCCUUUGCUGUCCAAAAGCUUUUAAGUUUAAUUAGGUUACAUGAAACUUAAAAGCAGAGCGUUUUCUCCUGCUGGUGGCAGCAGAGGAAAUUAGAGGGGUUUGAAGCAUGAAAGAGAUUUGACAUGAGGAAGGUUCUCUGUUGCUGAAAUAAAGAGGUCCACAGGCAAGUACCUGAGGGAGGCUUCCAAGAGCUGAGAGCAGUCUCUGCUCACAGCCAACAAAAAACCCAGGGACCUCAGCCCCACAACCACAGAAGUUGAAUUCUGCAAAUAACCUGAAUGAAUUUGGAAACAGAUUCUCCUCCAGCCUCUAGAUAAGAGCCCAGUCUGACUGACAUCUUGAUUUCUGCCCUGUAAGACCUGAAGCAGCGGACUUAGUUAAGCCCACCUGGACUUCUGGCUACAGACUGUAAGAUAAUAAAUGGAUGUUGUUUUAAGCCAUUAAAUAUGUGUUAAUUUGUUACACAGCAAUAGAAAAUAAAUAUAUUUUGUAAACUAGAUUAUUUUUACAUCUACAAUUUUUGGGGGAGGGGAUAAAAUCCUCAGUAUGGACUUGCUGGAUAAAACCUAUGCACAUUUUUAAGGUUGUUUUUAAUUAAUUAAUUUAUUUUUAUUUAUUUAUUUUUGGCUGCAUUGGGUCUUCGUUGCUGUGCGUGGGCUUUCUCUAGUUGUGGCGAGCAGGGGCUACUCUUCGUUGCAGUGUAGGGGCUUCUCGUUGCAGUGGCUUCUCUUGUUGUGGAGCACGGGCUCUAGGCACGCAGACUUCAGUAGUUGUGGCUCACAGGCUCUAGAGCGCAGGCUCAGUAGUUGUGGCUCACGGGCUUAGUUGCUCCGCAGAAUGUGGGAUCUUCCCAGACCGGGGCUCGAACCCGUAUCCCCUGCAUUGGCAGGCAGAUUCUUAACCACUGCGCCCCCAGGGAAGCCCCUUUUUUAAGGUUUUUGUACUGUAUUGCUAAUUUGCCCUCCAUAAGCUUUGUACCAAUUUAUUUAACAUAGGUUCCUAGCAACCUAUGUUACUGCAUCCUGGCAAACACUAGAUACUGCUGUUCUGGUAAAUAAAAGCAAAAACAAAAAGGUAUCUCCUGUUUUGAAGGAAGAUUUACAUUUCUCUUAUUACUGACCAUUGUUUUCUUCAUUUGGAAUUCAGUUGGUAAGUCUUUUUUAGUGAAUUGCCUGUUCUUAGUUGUUAGUUAGCUUUACUGUUGACGUAGAGAAGGUUGUUCCUAACAUGUAGUACAGCAUUUCUCUUGUAAUAUUUUCAAGGGGUAGAAUGAUUAAUUGAGAGAAUGAUUAAUUAAUUGAUAGAAUGAAUAUUCUAAGACAUAUUAGCUGCUGCCAUCACUCUCUGCAAAAAAAUAUCCCAGCCAUUGUACUGUGGGAGAAUGGAAAAUGUCAGCUUCGUUAAUCAGGCAGUAUUGGUGCCUUAUUCUUUGCUGGGGAAAAAGUUUAGCAUGUCUGGUUUGUCAUUAGAAGUGUGGUUGUUUCAGGAAUAAAGAUAUAUUGCAUCUUACCAUGGAAAAUUGUAGAUUUGACUACUGUUCAAGAAGGAAAAAUAUACUGUUAACUUCAGAAAAAAACUAUCUUCCUAAACAAACAUAUCACUAUUUUCAAUUUGAUCAAGAUAAUCAGUAAUCUCUGAUGUGUAUAUUACAUUGCUUUAUUUGGGAUGGGGUAAGGGAGAAAAUUCAAGUCACUUUUCUGUAAUCCUUGUUAUUUGAGAUGAUAGGGUUUAUUUCUGACAAAUGAAAUAAGGCAGAAGGGAAAAAAGGAAGGAAAGAAGAAAAGAGGAAGAAAGGAAGGAACAGAAAGAAGAAAGAGAUUCCCUCUUUCUUUUGGAGAGUAGUUUUGCUUGAUUUUUCUUAAGAAAUUGGUUCUUGCUACCUACAUUUCUGAAGACUGGUGUCUUCCUAAUGAGAGCAAGAUAUUUUUAAUUUUUUAUUUUGAAAUAAUGGUAGAUUUAUAGGAAAUUGCAGAAAAAUAUACAGGGAGGUCCCAUAUAUGAGUAAGAUUUUUUUUUUUAGUUGAAUGGUCAAAUCUUAUUUACUUAGAAAGGUCAGACCACCCUAACAGUUGGAUAUGGAAUGUGGUUGCUAUUUGUGUCCACAGAAUUCAUAAUGGCUACUCUCCUAUGGAGGCCUGAUAUUGCUUCUUGGGGUGGGGGGUAGGUUUGGAUAGGCAUUGGAAAUGCUGAGUUGGCUUGGUGCUGGGAGCAUAGAAUGUGCCCCUGUUAGAGGAGCCACACCAUGUGAUUCAAGGACACUGUAAUAUAGUGAGAAGAAUGUAGACUUGACAUUAGAAAGCCUGGAUUCUGGACUGCAUUCAACCACAUUAUAACUGUAUGAGCUUUGAAUCCACUUUUACCUCCCUCCCGCAUUGUUUGGAAUACAGGAAAUAAAGCAGUUUAGAAACUAACACUCUAGGCUCUCAUAAUUAUUUUUAAGACCUUUUUUUUUUGCAAUAACAGCAACAACAAAAACUCCUUUACUGGUUGUAUUUCCUAUAAUAAAAAUUACUGCUUUGAUUUUGAUGACCAAGGCAGAGGAAUUUUAACAAAGUUUUGUGCAAAAAAAAAAAAAAAGCAUGUGUCAUCUUGAAACCUCGGAGGACAGAGAAAAAUUAGAGGAAUGGAGUGCCCACACUCUCACAGGGAAGUAACACGGGUUCAUCAAAUUAGCUUGUUUCCUUGGCCUGCAGGAGGCCCAAAGACUGUGGUUUCCGGUAGGGGAGAUGCUACCUGGGAAGGUAGAGGCGAGCCCACCUGGGGCCCUGUGACUGUUCUCACAGUACUAUUUGGCUUAAGAAGAGCUCUGCUUUCAGUAUAUGUUUUAGGUGGGAUUCUUGCUUCUAUUCGAAGUACGAUUUCAUUAAAUCUCUGAAUUUUUUAGAUUGACACAGAUGAAAGGAACAUUAGAGAGAAGACAAUAAUGCUAAGAUCAUCAAACAUUUAUUGAACACUCUGUAAGGUGCAAAAUACUGUGCUAAGUGCUUUACACCAUCUCACUGAAUGUUCAAUUACCCCACGAGGUACGUGCUGUAGUUACCCUUAUUUUACCAAUAAGGGUGCCAAGGCUUCAGAUGGUUAAAUAAACUACCCAGGAUCACAUUCAGUACUAAAUGGCAGAGUCACUUGUCAAUUCGGGUGUGUCUGGCACCAAAGCCCAUCUCCUUACACUAUGAUAAGCCCUUUAUUUUACAGAUAAAGAAGUGGAAGUCCUGAGAGGUUAAGACCAUGGUCACUCUCAUUCUAACUCUUCGUCUAGGUCUUUUUCUGCAUUAUAUCUUCUCAGUAAUUUGUUUAUUCCUAUGCAUUUUGUCAAGUAUUUUUGGCCUUUGUGCAUCCAGCUAAUGUGUCCAAUUGAUUUAAAGUUACUAGAUUUUUAAGCAUUUAGAUAGAAUAAGAUUUCAAUUUUUAAAAUUUGUAAUGGAAUCCCUUGGUUUGAUUUUUAGUGAAGCAUUUUGUACCAGACUCCUAUAAAAGAGACACUGUCUCCCAUGUGCUAUUAAAAGUUGGACCUUGUGACCACUGUCUGACUGUGUUUUUCUUUUAGAGAAGUCAGAGGGGGCAGUGUGUGACUUCAUGGAAAAAAUAGCCACCAAAGAUCUAUCCAGCAGCAUUUUUAGUUCUUUAAUUUUGAGAUGGAGGAUAUCGUCAAGUCCUAGAAGGUUUCUACCAUUUUCUUCUCCAUCCUAAAGAGACUUGGAAAUUAAUGGGUAACAUUUUGCAUGAAAUUACUGGAUGCUUUUCUUCUUAUCUCUGAGGCCUUCUGUGGAGAAUUAAGAGGAGGUUGAAUGCACGCAUGGAUAAAAUGGAUCAUCUUAAAGGAUUGACGUUCCAAAAAUACAUCAGCAGGACUGGACAGGUUUGACAUAAUGAGAUUUCUAUUUUAGCUUGACUUCUGGAACUCCGAAUAAACUAUAAACUGAGCUACACAAGGUCCUGGGGAGGAAGUUUCUCUUCUAAAAUAUUCUAGCUGCAGAUAACAUUUUUCUUAUUCAGAUCCUUUGAGGAAAUUAUUUACUCAUCCAUUUUCUGAGGAGUACGACUAUUAGACACUUACCGACUUUUAAUACAUGAAGUGGAAUAGAAAGCAGCAACUUGUAUCAUACUGGAAAAUAAAUUUUCAUCAAGAAACAGACCCAGAAAGAGAAGACACCUCUACAUAAGCACGGGGUGAGAUGGCAGAGGCUCCUGUGGAUGCCUCAACUCUGCCCGUAACUGUGAAGAAAAAGAAAAGUCUAUCCAUUGAAGAAAAGAUCGACAUCAUAAAUGCAGUAGAAAGUGGUAAGAAAAAAGCAGAGAUUGCAGCUGAAUAUGGAAUAAAGAAAAAUUCAUUGUCUUCUAUUAUGAAGAAUAAAGACAAGGUUCUAGAAGCCUUUGAAUCUCUGAGAUUUGAUCCAAAGAGAAAAAGACUGAGAACUGCUUUUUACACAGAUCUGGAAGAGGCACUAAUGAGGUGGUAUCGAAUCGCCCAGUGUCUGAAUGUACCAGUUAAUGGUCCAAUGUUGCGUCUAAAAGCUAAUGAUUUUGCCCAGAAACUGGGACAUAAUGAUUUUAAGUGCAGCAAUGGUUGGCUGGAUCGCUUUAAAUCCAGGUAUGGUUUAGUAUUCAGAGCUCAACCUGUAGAAGCUACAGGUGUAUCAGUAGACCCUUCAGAUGUCUGGCACCAAAACAUACUUCCUUAUUAUUUAAAUGAUUAUCAUCCUAAAAAUGUUUUUAAUGUAAAAGAGACUGGGCUGCUUUAUCGAAUGUUGCCUACAAAUACAUUUGCAUUUAAAGGAGAAACAUGCUCAAUUGGCAAGUUAUGCAAAGACAGAAUAACUCUGGUGGUUGGGACAAACAUGGACGGCUCUGAGAAGCUUCCUUUGCUUAUCAUUGGAAAGAACAGAAAUCCACAUUGUUUCAAAGGCGUAAAAUCAUUGCCUGUGUAUUAUGAAGCUAACAAAAUGGCACGGAUGACCUCAGUUGUAUUUGAACAAUGGAUGCGGAAGCUUGAUGAGAAAUUUCAAGCCCAGCAAAGAAGAGUGGUGAUUUUUGUUGAAUCGUUUCCUGCACAUCCAGAGGUAAAAAACCUAAAAUCCAUUGAGUUAGCGUUCUUUCCGUCUUGUUUAUCUUCCAAACUUAUAGCCAUGAAACAAGGUGUUAUUAAAAGCCUUAAAAUCAAAUAUCGACAUUGUCUCAUUAAGAAAUUUUUAAGCUCUGUUGAAGGCAGCAAAGAAUUUAUGUUUUCCCUGCUAGAUGCAGUUGAUACCUUGCAUCUCUGUUGGAGGGCUGUCACCCCAGAGACUAUUGUUAGGAGCUAUGAAGAGGCAGGAUUCAAAUCUCAAAAGGGAGAAAGUGACAAGACAAAUGCAGAGACGGACACUGGUCUUGAUUUGGUUGUCCAUGCCCAGGCGGCAGGAGUGGAAUUUCCUGAAGGCUUAUCCAUAGAAGAGUAUGCUGCCCUGGAUGAUGAUUUAGAGACAUGUGAAGCAGCACCAAGUGACGAUGCUGUAUGGACCAAAGAAAGUAAAGCAGAUGAAACUGGAUUUUAUACUUCUGAUGAAGAGGAUGAUGGUGGAUCUCUGGGAACCGAACUCCCUUUACCAUCAAAAAAUGUGGCAAUAACCGCUUUAGAUACUCUGAAAAGUUUUCUUAGAAGUCAAGAUAUGAAUGAUGAGCUUCAUAAUUCUUUAGCAGACCUUGAAAUUUUUAUUAACUCUUUAUCAUGUAAGUAAUUAUUUAUUGUACACCAUCUGAAGAUAAUAGCUUUUUGUAAUACAUUUUACUAUUUAAGGUAUGUAAAGGGAAAAUACUACUUAAACCUAAAAAAUGAAAAACUAGUAAUCUUUGGUUUAAUUGCAAAUGUCUUUAGUCUGAAGAGCAAAGUUCCCUAGGUAGAUUAAAUAAUGAGUAAGUAAAUGAAAAAUAUGAAUUUCAAUUUAGUAAGGUUUGGGGGAGCAGAAAAUGAAUUUCAGAGGCCUUGUACUUGAAACAUACAGCAUAUAUGUCAAAAAUAAAAAGAAUUCUCCAGCUGUUUGAUUCAUACAGGUUGAACUGGUGAUUGCUAUUUUCUGGGUUUUUUUAAGUUCAGGUCAUGUUCUAGGAUAUUUUAAUUUAUCUACCUCAUCUAAGAAACAAAAUAUCUAUCGGUUAGAUAUUUAGUUUUAUGAACAUAUAUAUUCUAACUAGACUUAAAUAUUGAGUGUUAAUUUUAAAUUAUUUUUCUCAUAACUAGCUAAUUGUCCUAAUAAAAACUAUGAAAAAUUACUGAAAAUAAAAUCUGACCCAAUUAUAUACCGAUAUGAUUAAAAAUGUGUCUAACUUUCAAGUUAUUUCUAUAUAAGAUCAAAUAAAAGACUAUGACCUUAUCAGAUUUUUUUUAAUCAUCUAUAACCAGAAGGUGAUAUGGGUUCUUCCUAAAUAUUUGUAUGUAUAUGUGUGUGUUUAAAUAGAAAAGUACAUUAUUGAAACAUGUAUUAAACUCUUACAAUAUUUAUAUUUUAAUAAGAUUACUCUUAAAAAGUAAAUAUGAAUAUACAUAUGCAGUUACUAAAAAAGAAAAUGUCUUACGUAGUUCUUAGAUAGUUUUCCGAUUUUAAGAGCUGAAACUUUUAAUCUGUAAUGUUGAAUUUUUUGGAUUUUACUUAAUUUUAUUUUCAGAAAAAACUGUUCUUUCAGCAUAUUUUGAUGUUUGUUUGUUUUUUUCAAAUCCAGUGGGUAACAUUUUGGAUUAGCUUUCUGUUUGGGGAAGUUUUGUCUUCAGAAUGUUUUAAAAUGUUGUAUGAAAUUAUUUAUAUUCCAUCCAUAAAAUAGUCUUUAACCAACAGAAAAAUAUAACAAUGUGUCAGACUUUUCUGUUGUUAAAUUUUAAAUACUACGUUUAUUUAACUUAUUACAUCUAAUUUAGUGUUCCCUUUGAAAAGUAUUUUGAAAAAGUAUAAAACAUUAUACAGAUGAUUUUUAUUCUGAAUUAUCAUUAAUCUGCCAACACAAGACACAUUUGGAAGGAAAUAUUUAUAGAAAGUAUUUUUAUUUUCCACUGUUGAUUUACUUUGCUUUUGAGAUUUAGUUACAGUAAGCCUUAAAAAUAUAUCAAUGUUAAGAAAGUUUCUUUUAGAGUGAAAUACGGAUUAUUUAAAUUUAAUUAAAAGCAUUUUUAUUAAUGAUUUGAUUUAAAAUUUUAAAGUGGUGGAAUCAUGGACUUAAAUCAUGGACGUUGAUCUCUCUUAAGAGCCCCACCUGUAACCAAAGUACUUGGUGUAUACUGAGCCCUCAAUAAAUUUUUUCUCUUUCUUUCUUUACUUCAUACCA